CCGGAAUCCAAGAUGUCUGCGCCCAUGUCCUGCAACAUUUUCUUGUGAAAAAAUAGUAAAAUAUAUCCAAACUACCACUUAGGCUAGAAAUUCACGAAACUACAUAGAUCCAAAUUGAAAAGGAAAACGCAGCCCUAUCACCUCGUCGAUUCAAAUUCCCAUUGUUCUGUUGUCAGGGGUCUCACCCACAGUUGUCAUGGCAACAGAAGGUGACACCACUCCUAUGGAAACAUCUCAAUCAGGCAACCCAUCUGACAUGACAGAUGUUGAGAAUGUGAAAGAUAAUGUAAAAAUUGAAGAAAGCGUUGAUGGAAAAGACAAUGUAAAAGAUGAAGUAAAAGAUAAUGGAAAAGACAAUGAGAAAGCUGUACUAAAAGAUGAUGAACAAGAUAAUGUUAAAGAUACAGUGAAAGAUGAUGACAAAGGCAAUGAGAAGGAUACAGUAACGAUUGAGAGAAAUGACAGUGAAGAAGAUACAAUAGAGAAUGAUGCAGAACCAAAGAAGGAUGAUGACCUAAAUGAUCCUUAUGGUUACAUCAAAAGAGAUGAAUUUACAACAGAAAUCUUUAAGAUUGAAAUUGGGAACAUUCCUAAGAUCUACUCUUGGUCACAACUGAAAAUGAAACUGAAGAAGUUGGGACUCAAUCCAGUAAAGAUCAUUCUGUUGCAAGACUCCAGCUAUGCCUUUGCAAAUUUCAGGUGUGAAGAAGACAGACAAAAAGCCAUUGAAGUGAUAGAUGGCCACAACUGGAAAGGCCUUUCUCUGACAGCAAAACCAGCCAAGCCAAGACAGGACCCCCUUAUUAAGAGAAGGUUGGAUAAAGAGAAGUCAGAAGCUGGUCCUGCUAAAAGAUCACGACAAAAUGAUAAAGAAGAACUCUCUGAUGAGGAAAGACUAAAGCAAGCAGUGAUGCCUUUAGGUCAUCUAACAUAUGAUGAACAGUUAAAGGUGAAGCUAUCUCAGAUGCAGGAACACAUGAAAAAUUUAACAAAACAAAUGUUCAAAAAUUUCCCACAUUUGAAAAAGAAAGAUAGCUGGUUGGCCAAUCUAGUCUCUGCAAACUCUGGUAUGUGUUGCCCAUUGGAGGAAAUACUCCCUUCGCCAGAAUGUGAAGGAUACAGGAACAAGAAUGAAUUCACUAUUGGACUGAGCCCUCAAGGGGAAGAGAACACUGUCGGAUUUAGAUUGAGUUCUUAUAGAGAUGGAGACAGUAGUGUUGCAGAGCCUUAUGGAUGCGUAAUGUUAAAUCAGAAAAUGAAAGAUGUUGUUCAGGGCUUCCAAGAAUUUAUAAGAAUUUCUGGGAAGGACUGUUAUAAAACUGAAGUGCAUUCUGGGCACUGGCGCCUUCUGCAAGUUAGGACCACUAGGAAAAAUGAAGUAAUGGCCAUAAUUGGCUUCCACCCUCAGUCUUUAACGAAGGAGGAGAUGUUGGCUUUAAAGCAAUCUAUCAAGGAACACUUCACUGAUGGAGAUGGCAAGAAGUGUGGGAUCACAUCUAUGUACUUGCAACAGCAAACUUCCAGAGUUUCUGCUAUGAGUUCUGAGGAAGAGUAUGAACAUAUAUUUGGAGAGGAACACAUACAUGAGAGUCUGUGUGACAUGACAUUCAGAAUCUCACCUGAUGCAUUUUUCCAAGUAAAUACUGCUGGUGCAGAGGUGCUAUAUAGGAAAGUUGCAGAUUGGGCGGGGAUAUCUCCAGAAACUACCCUUCUUGAUGUGUGCUGUGGUACAGGGACUAUAGGACUAACACUAGCCAAGAAAGUAAAACAUGUGAAGGGGUUUGAGAUGUGCCAGCAAGCUAUAGAAGAUGCUAAAUUCAAUGCCACUCUGAAUGAUAUUAAAAAUGCUGAAUUUUACUGUGGGAAGGCAGAAGAUGUCAUGAUGGAUGUCGUCAAAUAUCUACCAGGCUCAUCCGAAGUUGUUGCAAUAGUGGAUCCUCCUCGGCAGGGCCUUCAUUCCCGGGUUGUCCUUGCAAUCAGACGUUGUCAUAACUUGAAGAAAUUGAUCUACGUCUCCUGCAACCCUAAAGGUGCAUCUGGCAAUAUUUUGGAUCUUAUGAGGCCAGUGUCUAAGAAAUUCAAGAAUGCUCCAUUCCGAUUGGUCAAAGCUGUUCCGGUAGACAUGUUCCCCUAUACAAACCAUUGUGAACUUAUUAUGCUGUUGGAGAGAGACUCUACAUAAGGACUUUUCAUAGCAAAUAGGGACUUUACACCAACAUAGGGACUGUGUGUGUAAUCUGGACUCUUCUUCUUCAUAUACAAAGUGACCCCUCAUCAAUGUGUGGAUCCUAAAUGUACAUAUUAAAGACUCUUAACAGGGAUUUGAUAUGUAAUAUGAACUUUACUCAUUCCUUAAUGAAUCCAUUGGACUUCUCUUGAAAGCUCAUCUUGAUGGAUCUUAUAUGUAAAAAGGGACCCUUCGUGAACAUAGACUCGUGUACAUGGGGAUUCUUAACUACAUAGGGACUUUCAAUGUGCAUGGGGACUCGAUACAAUCAUACCUAUGGAUUUCACAUAUGUAGGGGUUCCUAUGGACUUCACAUAUGUAGGAGUUC